AUGGGAGAUGACACGCGGCGAGAUGACACGGGAGGUGACGCGAGGCUGGAUUUGAGUGUGCAGGGACUAAGCUCUCAACAGGGAGGGGGAUCGGACGGCUCGGAUGGUCCAUGCUGGAAGAAGCGCGCUGUCGGGGGUGUUUCUCCGGGCGUACCCGCUGUAGCAUUGUCACGGGAGAUGUCGUCCUCAGGUGCACCUUCCUCGGGUGCGCCGUCUUCAGGUGCACCGCCCUUGGAUGCACCGUCGUCGGGUGCACCAUCCUCGGUACUAUCUGUUCCGACUCCAACAGCCGUCGCGUCUACCUAUGUCGCCUCCCCAUCCUCUUCCUCCGCCUCACCGCUCCGCCUUCCCUCUCCGCUCCGCCUCCCCUCCCCCCUCCGCCUUAACUCCCCUCUGCGCUUCUCCCGCAGGUCUUCCCCGGCCCUUGUGCAGGGGACAGUUGGCGCAAGUCCGCGCAACCCUCCGCACCAGGGGGGACCGCAAGAGCCUUCCAGUUCCCCACACUACCGCGGAGUGCGAUUGCGCCCAUGGGGAAAAUGGGCGGCGGAGAUUCGCGAUACCGCUAACAGCGCGCGCCUGUGGCUGGGCACGUUCCCCACGGCGGAAACGGCGGCGCUGGCGUAUGACGUGGCAGCGAUGGCGAUUCGGGGAAACACGGCGAAACUUAAUAUGGAGCAGCAUCGAGAGUUGGCGAGCGAAGUUCGCGAUCUGGUGAGAACUACGGCGGGGGGAUGGGGAACUGCGCCAGGGGCGCUGGCGCUGAUAUGGGCGCGCUGGGGAGCGGGGGAAGCGGGGGAGGCGGGGGAAGCGGGGGAGGCGGAGGAAGCAGCGGGGGAGGCGGGGUAA